UUAUGUAGCACCCAAAAUGCGCCUGCGGUUCAACCCGAGAAAAACGUGAGUGAGGGCAAUUGUGGUGACAUUUGAGGAGAGACACAGUCUCAGUGUGGGGCCUUGAAGAAAGAACAAUCUUCUUCUUACAUAGGGACACCGGAUCCUGGACUCGUUGGUGGCGCUCCUCUCUCUCUCCCUCUCUCUGUGCUUUGACUGUGCGCGGAGAUGGCCGAAUCCAUCGAGGAGGAGUACGAGAUUAUCGAGGCUCAUGAUGAGGGGUUCGAGGAUGAGGGCACAGGAGGAAGUGAUGCCGGGAGCUCAUUGACUUCUCUUCAAUCCAGUAUCGUGCGAGGCGUGACGGAGAAUGGCCGAACAUAUGCUGCGUACGGCAAAGAAGAAUAUGGAAUGCCGAUGGAUGAGCAAGAGAUGGAUCGGAUUGACAUGUCUCAUGCCAAAUAUUUCAUGCUGUUAGAGAGGAAACGGUUUCUCGCUCCCAUCCCCGACCAUCCUCAGAAGAUUCUGGAGUUGGGAUGCGGAACGGGUAUCUGGUCCAUCGAUAUCGCGGACGACUAUCCCUCAGCUGAAGUAAUCGGAGUAGACAUAGCUCCCAUCCAACCAAGAUGGGUAGCACCCAACUGCCGCUUCGAAAUCGACGACAUCGAACAACCCUGGACCUGGCGCCCCUCCUCCUUCGACUUCAUCUUCGCCCGCGACCUCCUCCUCAGCAUCCGCGACUUCCCCAAACUCAUCUCCCAAUGCUACACCCACCUCAAGCCCGGCGGCCACAUCGAAUUCGAAUCCAUCUACGGCGUCGUCAAGUGCGACGACGACUCCCUGCCCCCGGACUCGGACUUCAUCACCUUCAACAACCACGUCCAGAACGCUGCCAACGCCAUGGGCUGUCCGCUCACCGAUUGCGCCAAGUUCGUGGAAUGGUUUGAAGAAGCGGGCUUUGAGUGCGUGGUCGAGAAGAAGUUCAAGAUUCCGUCGAAUCCGUGGCCGAAGGAUCCGAGAUUGAGGCUGAUUGGCGCAUUCGAGCUGGAGAUGUUUUUGAAUGGGCUGGAGGGCAUGAGUUUGAGGCUUUUUGAGAGAGGGAUGGGGUGGACGGCUGAGGAGACGACGGUCUUUUUGACGGGUGUGAGGAAGGAUAUUAGGAAUCAGCGGUUUCAUGCUUAUUAUCCUUUUUAUGUGAUUCAUGCGAGGAAACCGGAAACGGCGGAGUAAAUGAGACGUGUUCUGGGAGACGGAUCUUGGUUGCCACUGGAAAUCGGAGUCAUUGGAUUGGGAUUAGGGAUGAAGGUAUCGAUC